CGGCCCCCGACUCCAGCGGCCGCAUUGCCGCUAAUGUUUAUAUGACGCUGGGAAUACGUGUCUUGCUGUUGCUAUACGUGUGCUGCUGUGUUUUUAUAUAUAUAUAUAAACGAGUGUGUUUUUUAUAGAUGUUUUAAAUUGUGAAUAACGUGGUCUGUGUUGUGUCAUUAAACAUCGUCGCUCGCAGUUUCGAUGAUUUGUUUUUUUUUCAAUGUUGUCAAUUAUUUUAGUUGCGCUAUUCAGUAUGCAAGGUAUAAUACGUGAUAUUGCCAAAAUAACGAAAUUGUAAAAUGUACUGUGAUCGCCUACCGGCGUUAAAUCAUAGUUAAGUGGACCGGAAGUGGCUUCUUUUCUAAACGAAACACUCAAACAAGCCUUACCUAAAAGGACCAAAGAAUUUUUGUAAAGCUUUUUUUAACGCCUUAAUUUUUUAUAUUAAUAAAGUGUUAGUGAUGUUUUAUACUUGAUAUAUGAAGUGAAGUUUUGGUGCUUGGAGUGCCAUCAUGGAGCGGUGCGAUGGUUUCCUUGUAUUCCGGAAGCCGGUCUACAGGGUGUUCCAGUAUUUGGAAACAAGGCAGAACAGAAUACGGAUAAAGUGCCCAUGAAACGAUAAAAGUUUCGUCUGGGUUAGUUGUCGGUUAUUUCGAUAAAGUCAAUGUGAGUGUGAGAGUGUUAAUUGAUCAGUGAGUAAAAUAAAAUGGUUAUGGAGUCCGCUCAGCCCGCUGGGCGCUUCUGGCCGUUAUCGCCGCGUCUCUGGCGAAGGAGCAACGAGUACACGAAGGUCGUGUUCGAGCCGAGACGACCUCCGGUAUCGCCGAUCGAAAUACGAAAGCACGGGAGGAUCGACGAGACGCCCGAUCUGUUGCGCUCCAGAAGUUUCAUACAGGAUAACAUGAAAGUGGAGGGCAAGGAAUUCGGAGAACUUAUGGUUGAUAAGCAGAGAUGGAGCGUGGAUUCAAAGAAACCGCCCGUUAAGGAGACUAGGAAAGAGGAGGUAGUGAAAAUGAGAUCAAAGAAACAAAGACAGCCGAGGCCGAACAGCAUUCAGCUGCUUUUGUGCCCUUCGAACUCAGGUCAUUACAGCAGCAACACUUGGAGAUACACGAGGGUCAGAUCUAAGAGCCAUGAGCCGGAAGGUGGCGGGAGGUGCGAGGGUCCGCUAGCUCGAGCCAUGCAGCCUUCACAGGAGAGAUCCCCCAAGAGACAGGUCCCAGCGCCCACGCAUGGAGCGGCAGCAGACCCGUCCACUUUAAAGGUCCAUCUUCCGAACGGCGGCUUUAACGUUGUGAGGGCGUCCCCGGACGAAGAUGUUAGAUCUGUUCUACGAUGUUUGGCGACGAGGCUGGCGACUGGCGACCGCGUGUACGCGUCCUGCUAUGCUUUGAGGGCUCGGAGACUAACUACUGGAAAGACCCGUUGGAUCCACCAAGACACUCCUGUCUCCGAGCUCACCUCUCGCUGGCCGGCCAGUGAGUGGCGGCUCGAGCUGAGGGUUCGCUAUCUGCCGGCGAACUUAAGAGACCUCUGCGACUCCGACCGCGUCACCUUCCAUUAUUACUACGAUCAGGUUCGUCAUGACUACCUCAACGCUAACCAUCCGAUGGUCGACCAGGAUUUGGCGAUUCAAAUAUGCUGUUUAGAAAUAAAAUAUUUCUGCAAGGACAUGCAAAUAUCUUUGGACAAGAAAUCUAAUAUAGAAUAUUUGGAGAAAGAAUUCGGUCUGCACAAGUUCCUCCCAAAGUCCGUUCUGGAGGCCAUCAAACCUAAAGUACUCAAGAAGGCCAUACAGCAACAGUUCAAGAAGGUAUCAAAUCUGAGUGACACUGAGUGUAUGUUGAAGUACUUGGAGACGAUGCACACGCACUAUGGGUACGACCGCGAAACGUUCACGGGCGCUCUUGGUACAGGGUGGGCUAUACCGGUGGAACUAGCCAUUGGACCUGAUAUCGAUAUAUCGUACGUGUCCCACAAGGCCGGCGAGCCCCCCACCUACACCAAGAUAGCGUCUUUCAGCGACAUCAUCGCCGUCCAAACACUCAAGUCUAACUGCACCCAGCAGUCACAGUCACAAACCAGCUCCUGCGGCAAGGCUGCCCUUCAGCUCCGCGUGAAGGGCGCGGCGGAAACGUUAACUAUAACGUGCAGCAGCGUCGAGGCUGCAGAAAGCUUAGCGGACCUAGUGGAUGGUUAUUGCCGGCUUGUGACUGACUCGCAGACAUCGCUGUGGAACAGAACUACAACUGUAUGGAAACAACUGAACUGUCAGUGCAAAACCGAGGUAAGCAGCAGUUCGUCUGAGGGUAAGAGCAGUUCUUUGGAAGGUCACCACACUAUGUUGUCGGAGGACUACGCCGAAAUCGCGGACGAUGACCCCGACUAUUCAACGCCGGCUGUUCGAGAUUAUGAAUUGGUUCGUAAUCAAAUAGAAUUGACUGGCAUCAUUGGAGAGGGACAGUUUGGGGAUGUUCAUAAAGGCACGUGUAAGGUAUCUGGUGCCAAUCACCCGUCUCUCCGACGUCAGCUACAGGCCGGUCGAGGUGAGCUGGUACUCCCCGUCGCUGUGAAGACAUGCAAGAUGGACGCCGAUCUAGACACGGCUGAGAAAUUCCUCGAGGAAGCUUAUAUCAUGCAGCAGUUCUCUCACCCCCACAUCAUCAGUCUGGUGGGAGUGUGUUCAACGCCUCCCAUAUGGAUCGUCAUGGAACUGGCCACGUUAGGAGAGAUGAGAGCAUACCUUCAACAGAACGCACAUAGGUUGGAGACGUGUACCCUAGUGCUGUACAUCUACCAGCUGUCGACCGCACUCAGUUAUUUGGAAAGCAAGAAAUUCGUACACAGGGACAUAGCUGCUCGGAACGUGCUGGUGUCCACGCCGACCUGUGUUAAGUUGGCUGACUUCGGUCUUUCAAAAAUGGUGGAAGACAAGUCGUACUACAAGGCGUCCCGCGGGAAGUUGCCCAUCAAAUGGAUGGCGCCUGAAUCUAUUAACUUUAGGAGAUUCACUUCCGCUUCCGACGUGUGGAUGUUCGGUGUGUGUAUGUGGGAGAUCCUUAUGCUGGGCGUGAAGCCGUUCAGUGGCGUCAAAAACAACGACGUGAUCGGCAAGCUCGAGAAUGGUGAGCGACUGGCGCUGCCGCCUCGCUGCCCGCCACGCCUGUACUCCCUCAUGUCCCACUGCUGGGCCUACGAACCCUCGCAGAGACCCACGGCGCACCAGCUCAAAGAAACGCUCUUUGAAAUCCUGCAAGAGGAACGGAACACGGCCUGGGACACUAUGAGGAGGGAGAACAGACGAGUGGCGGCCGCCUCGUGGGGAGACGACCCCCCGCCCAAACCAUCACGGCAACCGCACACACACGCACCAGGAACUGACUCGGGCGGUCCGCAGACGUACAUCGUGGCGCAGAGCCCGGCUGUGUUGGCGCAGCUGCUGAGGGAGAACCCCGCGCGCGCCGACCCGCACGCCUACACCACGCCCGCCUCGAGUCCAGAGUUCGAUACGGAGCAGGCGGUGGAGAGGCGACUCCUGGCCGAGCUCACGAGACAGCAACACCAGAGCGAAGAGGACAGGAGGUGGCUGCAGAUGCAAGAAGAUAACCUGAAGCGACUCUCUAACGUACAGAUGGCCCCGGAGGCGGACACCGAGAGGCAAGACCAAGCGACGCCGGACGUCAAACCCACCAGUCACACACCGACCGCGUCCAACUCAUCAGAGACGAGCCCCGCGAGCACAGUGAACACUAAAGAUAGACCAGCCAGUGAAGAUAAAGGCCGUGUGAAGGAGCCGGUGUACAGCGCAACCACGGCCGUGGUGAGGUGUGUGAUGUGCCUGGCGGGUGCCGCCACCAGCACGCCGCGGUCGGCGCCCACCGUGCUCGCAGCUGUGAGGGCGGUGGGUGAAGCUCUAAGGCAUUUAUGCGCAACCGUCGACAAACUUGUCGCUUUGUACCCGCCCGCAGCACAAAGGGAGGUUGAAAUGGCACAUCAGGUACUGAGCAAGGACAUGGCGGCCCUCGUGGAAGCCAUGAGACUCGCCAUCCACUACGCGAGGACCACGCUGCAGCAGGAUUACACCAAGAGUAUGCUCGCCGCCGCGCACGUGCUGGCGAUGGACGCCAAAAACCUAUUAGACGUAGUGGACUGUAUACGCGAGAGACAUCCCCACGUGGACUGGCGCUCCGCCCUCCGCGACGUGUCACCCGAGCCCGGGCCUCCGCCCCUCGACAACCAGACGCUCAGCUCGCAGAACCAAGUGUUCGCGCCCCAAUGCCAGACCCUGACUCCUCAGAACCCGGUCCUCAGCACGCAGUCCUCACUACAAGAGCCGAUCAAACCCGACUUUAAAGUCAACCAGCCGGUGACGGCAGUGACGACCGCCAUACACCUCGACCAGCACAAGGAACACAACAGUCUGCCGGUCACCUCCAACAGAGUGUCCACUCUCAUCCACAACUUCAACUUCGGGAACGUCAAAGACCAGCACAUAUACGGCAACGAGACGCAGUUCCAGCACUCGCAGUCCUGUGACGAUUCCAAGCUAGACGGCGCGCCCUACGAGACGGCCAGGAACAGGGUCCAAGCGGCGACCAAGGACACCCCGGCUAUAUACUCGGUUUCCAAAAAAAUGCUGCCCUUGGAGCACAGCGACCAGGGCUGAAGGUCGCCGGUUUUAGUUCGCUUGUAGUGCAAGUUUCGUUCGGCGCGGCCCGAAGGCUUCACAGGCUAUGAUAGAUUAGUACUUAACAGAGCAUUUAUUUUGUAACGGAGUCUGCUUGUAUUCCUCCGUAGGUCGGACGUAGCGCGGAAAGACAAUCUCUGGAUUGCUCAAUUUUCUUAGCGAUGUUUUUUUUUUAUCGAUAAGUUGUUGAGCCUCUGCGUGUCGCGCGGUGCUCCCGCUCGGCGCCGAGCCGUGCGGGGCGUCGUCUGUAGCGCCGUUAUAUUCAUCACAUAUAAUCGACUCAUGAAGUUAUUUACAUUAUCAUAAUCAUGGCACUGUGGCGCAUCGUACUAAUUAAAUUUACAUUAAACAAAAAAAAAAAAAACAAAAAUCUUCGGCCCUAAUUUUAAUUUUUUUAUAGAUAAUAUACUUUUUAGUAGGAAAUGUUAUAAAAUAUAUUAGACCACUGGGACUGUGUUCAAUUUAAAACAAAAAAAAAGCCACGUAGCGAUGCGCCCGGCCGUAAACAUCGACAUAUAAACUAUAACAUAUCGGCAUUGUUUCGCUUCAGAAUAAUAUACGUGUUGCUUUAUGUGAAUCGUUAGUCCACAUAUCUCUGUACUCACGGCGUGUUAUCAUAAUUUACUUUAAACAUCAUCAAAAUCAGACUAAUAAAAAAUAUUAAAUUUCCUUUGUGGCCCCACCCACUGCCACACACGAACUGUCGCUGUUAAGAUUUGUUCCGAACCUAAUGUAACGCAUUCCACUGACUCGGAACAUGUGUGUGUGAUGUUCAACAAAAAAAUAUAUAAUAUAUUUUGGCGUGUUAUGUAAAUGUUUGUAUUUUAAAUUAAUUUAUAAUAUCAAUGAGGUUCCGUAUACAUCAAAAUAUUUUGUUCCAUACAAAUAGCUUGAUCGAAUGACAUCAAUGUUCUGUAACGUUCUAGACUGCUUCAGACGCCAGAUGUGUAUCCUAACGGAGCCUGGCUCGGUGUGACGUUUAUUUUCAAAGCACUCUUGUCUUUAACUCGCUAUACUUCCCACGCUUUAGUCGACUGUGUCACAACUCACGAGUGAGCGUGUAGUCCGACGGUUCCGUACGCAGUAUUCGAAAGUUAUGUUUGUUUGUAAAAAUGUACAAAACGGAAAGGAAUGUCCAUAAUUAUACUAAUUUCUAUCCAAAGUUUUAUUAUAAGAAUAGAUCUCAUAUAAGCGAGUAGAUUUAAUUUUGUUAGUUGUACAAUUGUAACAGAAUUUAUUUAUUGAGUUGGGUUGAUGUUUUUGUAAUGUAAGCUUAGAGGAUGUCAUUCCAAAGUGUAUGCGGCCGCAGUCCAGUAAUACAAAUAUAAUGUUGUGACCGGGUUUUGUUUACGCAAUACUGAAUAAAGGACAGGUCUA